CAUGUAUUUGAUGAUCUCAGUGGCUCAGUAUCCUUGUCUUGGGUUGGAGAUAGCACUGGGAUCAUUCUAGUCUUGACUACCUUCCAUGUACCACUGGUAAUUAUGACUUUCGGACAGUCCAAGCUCUAUCGAAGUGAGGACUAUGGAAAGAACUUUAAGGAUAUUACAAAUCUCAUCAAUAACACCUUCAUUCGGACUGAAUUUGGCAUGGCUAUUGGUCCUGAGAACUCUGGAAAGGUGAUUUUAACAGCAGAGGUGUCUGGAGGAAGUCCCGGAGGAAGAAUCUUCAGAUCGUCAGAUUUUGCAAAGAACUUUGUUCAGACCAAUCUCCCAUUUCAUCCUCUGACUCAGAUGAUGUAUAGCCCUCAGAAUUCCAAUUAUCUUUUAGCCCUCAGCACUGAAAAUGGCCUGUGGGUGUCCAAGAAUUUUGGGGGAAAAUGGGAAGAAAUCCACAAAGCAGUAUGUUUGGCCAAAUGGGGAUCAGAAAACACCAUCUUCUUUACUACCCAUGUGAAUGGCUCCUGCAAAGCUGACCUUGGGGCACUGGAAUUAUGGAGGACUUCAGAUUUGGGAAAAAGCUUCAAAACCAUUGGUGUGAAAAUCUACUCAUUUGGUCUUGGGGGACGUUUCCUUUUUGCCUCUGUGAUGGCUGACAAGGAUACAACAAGAAGGAUUCAUGUGUCAACUGAUCAAGGGGACACGUGGAGCAUGGCCCAGCUGCCCUCUGUGGGGCAGGAGCAGUUCUACUCUAUUCUAGCAGCCAGUGAUGACAUGGUGUUCAUGCACGUAGAUGAGCCUGGAGAUACUGGGUUUGGCACCAUCUUUACCUCUGACGAUCGAGGUAUUGUCUAUUCCAAGUCUUUGGACCGACAUCUCUACACCACCACAGGUGGUGAGACGGACUUCACCAAUGUGACCUCCCUCCGUGGGGUCUACAUAACAAGUGUGCUCUCUGAAGAUAAUUCUAUCCAGACUAUGAUCACUUUUGACCAAGGAGGAAGGUGGAAGCACCUGAGGAAGCCCGAGAACAGUGAAUGUGAUGCUACGGCAAAAAAUAAGAAUGAGUGCAGCCUUCAUAUUCACGCUUCCUACAGCAUCUCCCAAAAACUAAACGUUCCAAUGGCCCCCCUCUCAGAGCCAAAUGCUGUGGGCAUAGUCAUCGCACAUGGUAGCGUGGGAGAUGCCAUCUCAGUCAUGAUCCCGGACGUGUACAUCUCAGAUGAUGGGGGUUACUCCUGGACGAAGAUGCUGGAAGGACCCCACUUCUACACCAUCCUGGAUUCCGGAGGCAUCAUCGUGGCCAUUGAGCACAGCAGCCGUCCUAUCAAUGUGAUUAAGUUCUCCACAGACGAAGGUCAGUGCUGGCAAACCUAUACGUUCACCAGGGAGCCCAUCUACUUUACCGGCCUGGCUUCGGAACCUGGAGCAAGGUCCAUGAAUAUCAGCAUCUGGGGUUUCACUGAAACUUUCCUGACACGUCAGUGGGUCUCCUACACCAUCGAUUUUAAAGAUGUCCUUAAAAGGAACUGUGAAGAGAACGACUAUAUGAUAUGGCUGGCUCACUCCACAGACCCUGGAGAUUAUGGAGAUGGCUGCAUUUUAGGCUAUAAAGAACAGUUCCUACGGCUACGCAAGUCAUCCGUCUGUCAGAAUGGCCGGGACUAUGCGGUGACCAAGCAGCCGUCCGUCUGUCUCUGCUCCCUGGAGGACUUCCUCUGUGAUUUUGGCUACUUCCGUCCAGAAAAUGACUCCAAGUGUGUGGAACAGCCAGAGCUGAAGGGCCACGACCUAGAGUUUUGUCUGUAUGGCAGAGAGGAGCACCUGACCACAAAUGGAUACCGGAAAAUUCCAGGAGACAAAUGCCAAGGUGGAGUGAAUCCAGUUCGAGAGGUAAAAGACUUGAAAAAGAAAUGCACAAGCAACUUUUUGAGUCCAGAAAAGCAGAAUUCCAAGUCAAAUUCUGUUCCAAUUAUCCUGGCCACCGUGGGAUUGAUGCUAGUCACAGUUGUAGCAGGAGUGCUCAUUGUGAAGAAAUACGUCUGUGGGGGAAGGUUCCUGGUGCAUCGGUACUCCGUGCUGCAGCAGCAUGCAGAGGCUAAUGGUGUGGACGGUGUGGAUGCUUUGGACACAGCCUCCCACACCAAUAAAAGUGGUUAUCAUGAUGACUCAGAUGAGGACCUCCUGGAAUAGCUCUUCAAAGGAGCUGGGACCGCACAUGGAUGAUGGAAACACAGUACCUCUUACACUCCCUGUGGCUCCGACUUGGGGAAAUAAAUUUCCCAUUGCAAGGGAUCCAGCUCUGUUUCUGCUGCUUCCGUCAAAGCCAGAAGGACCUCUACUAAAGACAUGCAGGGGGUGGUGGGGGCAAAACCCUAAACACUCACAAUUGGCUCUGAGAAGAGGGGGAGACAUUUUUAAAUCUUUAACCUCUUAUUUCAAGUUGUCUUUUUGCAAAGUAUGGGCUCUUUGGGGUUUGUUUUUGUUUUUUACGGGAAAUGAAAUGGAAUUUGAAGGGAACAUUUCACUAACUGUACUCCUGCAUGUUUUGCAUGGCGCCUGCCCCAGGGCACCUGCCAACUCCAGCAUCAACCCUCACAAGUAGCCGGUGCGGUCCCUAGGCUCUGCUGGUGACACAAAGCAGCUGCAGAGAUGAACACGGAGGCGCUGGUGACUGGCAUGACUGGGCAGCCUUUCUGCCUCUGGGGACAGCCCUCCUCCGAGAAUGUUGCACACCCGAUCCUCCUUUUUUAUUUUUUCCAGGGACCAUAGAUCAGUGAUUUUCCUUUUUCCUGCUUAAUUAGGCAAUACCCUUGUUAAUUGCCCUUUGGUGACUAACUUAACCAUGUGCUUCCAAGACACUAAAUCAGGAGAACUUAAAGGGCAAUAUUUUUAACUAGGGGCAGGAAGAAGGGCGCAGCAGAGAACUGACUAGAUAGAGCACUAUGAAAGGAGAAAUUCUUCCUUCCUCUGAGAUCUUUCAAGCCAUGCUGUGUGUGUGCCUGCAGACCUGCUCAAGGACAGGGCGCGGGGCUUGCCCGGGGUGUCUGCCCAGGCGGUGCAGCCCCUGCGGACGGAACAUGGGCUUCCUCGUGCCCUGCUGCCUGCUGUGUUGGCUCAGUGGUGAAUCAUUCAAUUGGCUGCUUACAUGUUUCCUCUUAGGUGGCUUGUUGUACGUGGAGCCAGGACUAGACAUGUUUUCAGAUUUAUAGGCUUUAUUUUUAAAAUCAGAAUUUUAUUGCCAGCUCUCUUCCUUGCCCCUUCUCCCCAGCUUUGCCAAGUAAUUUAUUGGCAUGAACCUUUUGGCUGAACCAACUGAAAACGCUUCCAGUGUAAGAUGAGGUUUUGUGUGAUACAUUAAGUUCAUAUUUUAAAUUUAAGGGAGUUUUCCAUUUGACAUUUAUUUCAAAUUCAAUCAAUUAUAGAAUGUAGUGAGAUGGAUUUUUGGGUGGCCAUCUAGUCAUGGAAAGCUGCAAUAAUUAAUUUUAAUACGGCUUGAAUAUUUGCUAUACAGGAAUAUAGUAUAGUAUGCUUUUGGUCUUGGCGUACCUGCUGUGCUGGUCACGGUUUCUCCCAAUAAGUAUGAUUGGGACAUUCUCUGGUAACUGCCAUUUUGCUGCUAGUUCAUUUUAUGGCCAGAAAGCCCAUAAAAAGUAAAUGUGCCAAAUUAACUUUUGUCAGAAUGUGUGAGCAGAUGGCUAAAGUUCUCUCCUCACCAGAAUGGAAUAACAGCAGCAGGGAAAGUGGGGGAGGGAGUGGACAGAGAAUUAUAGAGACUUGGAAACUGCAUAAAAUUAAAUGAGUCAGUGAGCUUCAGUUAGAAAAUAAUGUUAGGGAGAGCAGUUUUUGUGAAGAAAAUUAGUAUUUGUUAGAGCCAGAGAGCACUCAUCUUUUAGGAAAAGCUCAUUCAUUUUGCAGGUUUUUAAAUAAAAAAUAAUUCCAAAGAUAAACCAGUUCACAAAGGAUAGAGUGUCAGCCUUUGUCCCAGACAUCCUCACCUCCUGCCCAAAGUGAAUUUUUUAAAGUGUUUUUUUUAAAUUGAUUGUAGAGAGAGGAAGGGAGAUGGAGAGACGGAUGGAAACAUCAAUAUGAAAGAAUAAUUGAUCAGCUGCCUCCUGCAUGCCCCUUACUGAGGAUCAAGCCCACAACCUCGGCAUGUGCUCUGACCAGGAAUCAAACUCUGACCUCCUGGAUCAUGGGGCGAUGCUCAACCACUGAGCUGGGCCUGCCCAAAGUGAAUUUGAUGUUCAGAAAAGAUCUAUUUCACCUACACCUUUUCCCCUAGCAUAUACUCACUGGGGUAGACAUGCUGAGAUAUGGUGAUUCGCUAAUCAGCUUUAAUUUAUAGGAAAGUUAAUAUUCUUCUCUAAGCAUAUAAGAGUAGGACUCUUUGCUUAUAAUGAUACCUGGGAUUUCUGUAGAAAUUAGUAGUUUUCAGAGCAGCUUCACUUGCAAUAUGUCAUUUGAACCUCAACAUUCUUGUGAGAUAAAAGAUAGGGUUGUAUUUCCCAUUUUUAGGAGAUAGAGCUGAGGUACAAAAAUGGAGUAAAUUGUCCAGGGCCCCUGUAUAUCACGAGCAGUGUGGGCUGGAACAUGAACUCUGGAACAUUUUGUGUGCAGGUGCUGCCUCCCUGAACAGGCUCCUUCCUUGCAGACUGGCUGUUCUGUGGGGCAGGAAUCAGUGGCAUUUCUUUCAGAGCAGUGUUUAGUGCCCUUUUGCCACCUUGAUAAAAAUUCUAUUCUCCUGUUUUUCCUGGCUAAAAACAAUGAUAGUUUUGAUAGUGUGUUUAGAAACUGCUUCUCACCUCAUUAAGGGUCACUGUUAAGAGUGCAGGAAUGAACUCUCCACUGAGAGUCACUUUUCCAUUCUCCUCAUUUCCCAUCCCUGGCUGGCUAGCUGGCUCAGUUGGUUUGAGGACUGCUAACAAGCCUGGUGUAUUCCCUUUAUCAGCUAGUUAGUGUUCUACAUCAGCCUGCUCACUCACAAGUAUAUGUCCUCAGCCAAUGAACAAAACAGCCUAAGUCCAUGAUUGCAUCUAAGAAAAAAGAUCUCUAAUUUGUCCUACUGACGUUGGGUUAGGAGCCUUAUCUUUGAAAGUAAAGUAUAGCAUAUCAUUGUAGAAAGUUCCGGGCUUGAUUAUAGCAGAAGAGAUUAUUAUUUCUAGUGGCUUCAGCAAUAAAAUUUAUCAUCAUAAGAGAGAGUGGACAUAUCAGACCAUCCAAAGUGGGUCUGAGCUCUUAAAUGCAGGUGGAGAACUUGCCAUCUUUCCUGCUGUGUGGACAGGUAUCUUAGACCUGAGGGGGCUUUUGGUUUUCAGUGAGACCAGAGACCAGGGAUGCAUACACCUAGGCUGUCAUUUGGAUGGAAAUAAACGUAGAAGAAUAAAGUGUCUAGAGUGUGUGGCUGUUCUAGGUUGGGCUCAGAAGAUUCAAUAGGUUAGUUAUCACAUAGAACCUGCCAGGUCUGCCUCAGGGCCUCUGCAUGCCCAAGCUGGCUUCUCACCCGACAGACUAGUAAUUCGCUGGCCACCUCCAGCUCCUGCUGGUUCUCCCAAGGCCUUUGUCAUGAUACCAGGGAUACAGAGAGGAGUGUUGGCUUGUCCAGACCCACCCCAGGUGGCAGGCCACCUGCCACGCCAGUUCUUUAUUUUCCAGGCAAAUCAUCCAAGUAGAGAUUCUCUCUUCCCUUUUAGGAGGGCUCUAAGAGCCCUGCCCCUGUGUGCAUGGGCUCAGAGCUUAUCCUGCUAAUUGUCGGUACAGCCCCCUCGCCCCACUUGAAGCCUGGAGACUUGGAACUGCUCAAAUAGGAAGAGAUUCAGCUUUCAACUUUGCUACUACCUUCUCUCAAGCAGGAAAAUAAGCAUGGACUAAAUGUCCUUUGAACAAAACCAAAGUUUCAGAUUUGCCACAUGAUGGAGUGAUGGGAGGGGCCAGACUUUCAGCCCUGGCACUCAGCAGGUGCCAGGCUUUCUGUCCCAUCUGCCACCGUUUGCCCAGCUCAGGCGGCUCUGGGAGCACCAUCCUGCCCAGCAGAGCCCAGGCCUUACCCUCAUGGAGGGUGAUUGAAAUCGCAGCAGCAUGUUGAUUUCCUGGUUACGUCACAUUAUAACAAGAAUCGGAACAUGAAUUUGAAAUUGUCUUCAACUUGCUGUAUGCAUUUUUUCACACCAGUGCAUUCUUAAGCGUUCUUGUUUAUAGAAAAUAACAAACUAAUCUGUACCUUUAUAUAUAUGUACAUAUAUACAUGUAUAAACUGUAUAGUGUACAUGCUAAUGAUUUAUUGAUGUGUCCCAGAUCUCUACUGCAGUUCUCUUCCGCAUGCCCUCCAUUUGUGGUCAGGUGACUGAAUGUUCCCUGAUAGUCUGCCCACCUCCUGUGUUUGGACAUCUAGGGAAGAGGGUUUAGUCGUACCCUCCUCCUCAUCCUCGUGCACAGAAAUGCUCAGGGUCUCCAUGUGCCUGUUGUUCAACCCCCUCUUGUCUCUUGCUCCCUUUCUGAGCAUGUGGUCCCUCUUGUUCUGUAUCUUUGCCUCUUCCCCAAACUAGGGGAUAGCUGCCUUCCUACUAAAGUGUAAAGCAGUUAUUAAGAUCAUUACUGCAUGUGCGCUAAAAACAAACCAGUCUUCUGUUCCCUUGGAACAGAAAAUUGCAUGUGAGGUGGGAUAAUCAAGUCUCAACAACCCAUGUCAUUUACACAACAAAGCCAGACCCCAUAAUAAAAUUCCACAAAAUGGAAACAAAAUUCAACUUUCUUUAGCAUUGUGUAAAUAAAUUUGGAUGUGUUUAACUUUGUACUGGUAAUUUUCUGUAUAUUUGCAAUAUUUGGGUUAGAAAUAAAACAGACUGGGACUUUGUUACCUGACCUA